AUGGAACAUGUGAAAGAAGCAAUGUCAACGCACUGCUUCUCAAUGGAUGGGUCAGGAAGGGAAGACUGGGAAUAUGCUCAAUUUCCGGAUCACCUAUCCCAGGCAGUUCUUGCUAGAUUGGAAAAAGCAGGCAGAAUAACGUCUGAAAAAGUCUACGACAACACAGUAUCACUUUUCUACGAGCACGAAAAUCCAAAACCCCCAAACCGUCCACUACAGUGGGCUAUCUUUCAUAAUCUAUUCAUUUCCAUUGCUUACUCGAAUCCGAAGACCAAUGCGGAUGAAUACAGAAGACUCUCUCGCUUUCUCAUGCUUUGCCAAUCCUUUGACGGAAGAUUAUCAAAUUUCUCUAAGAUACUGGAAAGUAAUAUUAAGAAGAAUGUCACAAAAAUUCAUCCUAUUAUGAAGUUAUUCGCCGACCCUUCCGCACGUUCCCUCCUUCAAUUCACUCUCAUAUCCGAUCUUAUUAACGAGGAUGGGUCACCACUAAAUUAUUGUCCACUGCAGAAAGUGGGGAUGGCCGGAAAUGUUAUGCAACGAAGCGCAAAAGGAGAGUACGUAUCAAACCAUGGAAUUUUCUCAUCGCUUAUCAACUCUAGGCAGGGAGAAUAUUUUACUACUCAGAUCGUUGUCGUCGUCAUUGCCGUUCCAGUGAGAGUGCCCAAUAUAAUGGGAAGGGAAGGAUUUCCGCCAUCUCCGAUCACAUCAGUUAUAGAAGGCAGUUUCUGUGCCCUUUCUUCCCCACCAAAAUAG